ACACACGAUUAAGACGCAAUAGCAUAACCCGGAGAUUUAGCUGUUAUCGCAUGCAACCAAAACAGGCCUGUCACGUAGAGAUAUAAAUAUAAGGUGCGGAAGCUUUCUUUGAUCGGCAUGAUAGCACCUGUAUCAAGAGAGCGAAAAUGUUACGUAGAAUUGUAUUCUGUGUUUUCGUCGCGGGUGGCUUCGCUGCCCUAAACCUUGACGAAGCUAGAGAUGAAAUAGUAUCAAAAGUAUCCAAACUUCGACAUAGAAGGCAGGUGACCCAAAUUGGCUCAGCGGGACUAGCCAGCGCUGUCAGUCAAUUUGCGGGAGCGUUGGGAGGUGGUGGAGGUGGGGGAGGAGGGGGUUGGGGGAUUGGGGUUUCAGGACCUAGAGCUGUAGCAGGUACCAGCUUUGCAGACUCCUGUAUCUAUGACAGCGACCCGCAGCCUAUAGUGGCUACAACACUUCCAUUUGGAUUUGGAGGGCCCGUGCCAGGUGGCGGGGUAGGGUACGGGUCAGGCGGCAGUCCUGCGGCAAGCUCGCCCAGGCGCCAGACAGGCAGCAUCGGACCUCAUGCUAACCGCGAUAUCGUGUUUGUGUUGGACACGUCAGGCAGCAUAUCCAACGCGGCCUUCGAGCAAGCCAAGGAGGGCGUGGCUCUUCUAACUAGCUCCUUCUGUCCUACCACAAUGGGCAGUGGCCUGGACGGAGAGAAGCAGAUAGCCUUGGUGCUGUUCGGAGAUCAGGUUGAGACGGCGAUCCCAUUCACCGACAGUCACGCUGGCGUUGACCAACUUAACCGUAAAAUCAUUGCCUUGCGUCAUCGCCACGGGUCUGCCACCGCCACGACCGAGGCACUGCGUCACACUAGGACCAGAGUUCUUGGCCAAGGAGUCAGCCGCCUUAACACCCCGGACACUGCCACUCACGUCUUCGUCAUCACCGACGGCCGUUGUAACAGAGGGUGCAGUCAGCUGGCAAAAGAGGCCGAUAAACUGAGGGCAAUGGAAGGGGUACAGGUUUUUGCUAUGGGCAUUGACAACGCUCGCGCCUGCGAACUCGAGAUUAUCACUGGGAGGGGGUCUGACCUGGCGUAUGGUCUUAGUGACUUUAGUCAGUUCGAGCAAUUCGCAAAGGCAGUCAGAGAAAGAGCGUCCCAGGAGCCAAACGGAUGCAUUUAAAGAGUGCCACAUAGCACAGUUAACACAUUUUGGUGUCUAAAAGCAAUAUUGUGUUAAAUGUGUCGCAUAUCUGCCGCAUCGAACACAAUUCAUUCAUAGUUAAGAGUCUUAAUUUCCACGCAUAGACUUUGAUAUCAAACUUCUACGAACAGUGUUAACAUCAGGAUUAUUAGGCAAAAACCGAAUAAAAUGAAUUGCUGA